AUGUCCACGCCCACCUCGUUGCGCAACGCUCAGACCCCGCCUAACCCGGAAGCCCCGCUCCGAACGUCCCCGCCCCCCCGCCGUGGCCCCGCCCCCGGCGCGUGCGCGGCCGGCCCCGCCCACCAGCGGCGCCCCCGGCUCUUGGCCCCGCCCCCCGUGUCCCCCCAUGUCCCUUCCCGUGCUCCUCUCUGUGCCCCCGUGUCCCCCAGCGUCAGGCCGACACUGACAUCCAGCGGCUGCCGGGAUCGCUCGCGUUCCGGGGCUGUCUCCGGUUCCCGGGAGCGCCGGGAGCUGCCCAGCCCCGACCGCCCGGCCUCGUCCUGCCCCGGGAGCGCCGCGGGGCUCCGGGCCGCAGCCAUGGCCGGGAUGCACCCGGCCGUGCUCCAGCUGCAUGUCCCCAGCGCGGCCAACCCCGUGUCCUAUUGUGUCCCCUCAGUCGAUAUCCCAGCGGGCUCCAGCCGAGCGCCGGCGACACCGCCGAGCCCGGAGCACCCGCACAUCCCUGCGGGGACCCUGCCCGCGGCACCCCCGGGCCCGGCCCUGCCCCGCCGCUGGCAAGCCGAGCCUGGGAGCGGCGCUGGGACGCGUCUGGAGGCGCUGGCAUCGCCCCAAAGCUCCCCGAGAGCCGGCUGCGGACAGCAGGUGCCCAGUGGCUCUGCAGUGACUGGAAAGGGCAGCGAGCUGCAGGUGGCCUGGAGCAGGAGGGGCUGGACAGCGACAGGAGCUGAGGAGGCCUUUGAACACUGUGAUGUGGUCAUCAACAGCCAGGACAAGGUUUUGGACGUGUACACACAGCUGGAGAAGCUGGGGGAGGGGAAAUUCGGGACUGUGUACAGGCUGCAGGAAAAGGCCACGGGCAGGAUCCGAGCCGGGAAAUAUUUCCGGGCGCGCACGGCCAAGGAGAGGCAGGCGGCGCGCGCCGAGGUGGAGCUGAUGAACCUCCUGCACCACCCACGCCUCGUGCAGUGCCUCGAGGCCUUCCAGGAACCCACCCAGCUGGUGAUGGUGAUGGAGUACGUGGCAGGUGGGGAGCUCUUUGAACGCAUUGUGGACGAUGACUUUGAGCACACGGAGCCCAGCAGUGCCCAGUACAUGCAGCAGAUCCUGGAGGGGCUGCAGUUCAUGCAUGGCCAGGCCAUCGUCCACCUGGACCUCAAACCCGAGAACAUCGUCUGCGUCAGCCCCGGCAGCCACCGGGUCAAGAUCAUCGACUUCGGCUUGGCACGGAGGCUGGCUCCAGACACCCCUGUGAAGGUGCUGCACGGCACCCCUGAGUUCAUGGCUCCAGAAGUGGUCGCCUUCGAGCCUGUGAGCCUCUCCACAGACAUGUGGAGUGUUGGUGUCAUCUGCUACAUCCUGCUGAGUGGGGAGUCACCCUUCCAGGGGGACACAGACAUGGAGACCCUGAGCAAUGUCACAGCUGCCCGGUGGGACUUUGAGGAGGAGACCUUCUCGGAGAUCUCCCAGCCAGCCAAGGACUUCAUCAGCCAGCUGCUGCAGAAGGAGCCCUGCCGGCGGCUCCCCAGUGCAGGGGCUCUGCUGCACCCCUGGCUGCAGCAGCCCCAGCCCAGCAGCCCCAAGGUGCUGUCCAAGGAGAGGAUCAGGCAGUUCCUGGCACGGAGGAAGUGGCAGAAAACAGGGAAAGCCCUGCUGGCUCUCAAGAGGCUGACCCUGCUGUCCCAGAGCCUGGAGGGGAAGGCAUCAGAGGCUCAGGAUGAGGAAGGCCUGGGCUGCAGUCUGCAGGAGAACCAGCCCUCCAGAGAUCUGCCCCAAGGAGGUGCCAACCCCUCAGAGCUGCUGCCAGACCAGGAGGAGGAGGAGGAUGGUGGGAGCACUGCAGUCUCAGGGCAGUGACAGUGUGGCCCUGUCACCCCCAGCCUGGACCACCUGGGGAUGGGGAUGGUGCCCCCCCAGCGGCUCCCAGCAUGACCUGGCCAGCCUGGGGCAGACCCAGAACCCCCUGGGGGUGAGCUCUGGGGUCCCUGGGGUCCCUGUGCUGCUGUCCCUGCCACCAAUAAAGCACUGACAGUCUCUGCA